AGGAGCUGAAGAGGAGCUUUAGGCCUCCCAAAUGAUCUCCCGAAGUCCCGCCAGGAGAAGGGGUUGAUUCGGAAGCAAAAAGGAGAGGUCAUUAGCAUUCGUGGUUUGCAUGCUUCCCCGGGGAGGCAUACGCGUGCAGACGUGAUUGUGCAAGCUAACGUACACAUACAGGCAUAACUCAAAUCACACUUCGAACUAUGGUCGUUAGGGCCAGUGUUUAUCGAGUACAGCUGGAACGAAUCCCACCCGUGGGAUCCAAAAGCUGCAAACCUUACACGCCGGCGUUGCACUCCCGCCAAAAGUAUGUAAUAUUACGACACCCAAGACCACACUUCCAGGCUGCCGGCUCCUAUGGCCUUGCACCAGAUAUUUGGCGGAUCAUAUAUCCCCCUAGGCGAUGGCGGUCAAUAGGUCAUGGUCGGCGGAGAGUUGCCAGGUUGACUGUCCCCAUCGUGCACUCAACAUGUACCCCGCUGCCUUUUACCUCCCGCUUACCCUUGCCUUCGUGGUUUCUUCUCUUGUCGCCAGAGCAGAGACCCGAGGCCUGCCUCACUAUCUUGCUUCCUCUGCGCUUUCCCGUCGUGGCGGCACCGUUUCGGUACCGAGUAUCGACAAUUUCGUCGUCGGUAGCAUCAUUGGCGAGCCCCCGAGGACGAGGUACUUUGACUUCGUCGUCUCCCAAAUGGACGGCGCGCCGGAUGGUUUCACGAAGAGCAUGCUCGUCGUCAACGGACUGUACCCUGGUCCGACCAUCGAGGCCAACCAAGGAGACCGCAUUGUUGUGAAUGUUACCAACUAUCUCUCAACCAGGACAACGAUUCACUGGCAUGGCUUGUACCAAAAUGGCACCAACUACUACGACGGCACAGCGUCUGUUACAGAAUGCGGCAUCCCACCGGGCGAGUUCCUUACCUACAACUUCUCGGUUGCGGACUUCUCAGGAACUACUUGGUGGCAAACUUUUCAUAUAGACGACACGCAGUACACGGAUGGUGCCACAGGCGCGUUCAUCGUCCAUCCGUCGUCCUACCCUUCCAACUUCCCCACCUGGGACGAAGAUAUUGUCGUCGAGCUGACUGAUGUAUACCACACGUUCAGCAGCGAUAUUGCCUCCGCGUAUCUCACAGGCAAAGGCAACAAGCUGCAGGGACUUGCUCUCGAAAUUCCGGAUAGCGGGGCGAUCAACGGAGUUGGCCAGUAUGAUAGUAGCAAAAAACAUCACGACUUCAAUCUGCAGCCUAACAAGACAUACCGCCUGCGCUUAAUCCACACCGGCUCCGCCACGGAGAUCAGCUUCUCCAUCGACUACCAUGCUCUGACCGUCAUCGAGGCCGACAGCACACUCACGGAGCCCUACACCGUCUCGAACCUCACACUGAGCGUCGCGCAGCGCUACUCGGUGCUAAUCACUACGGACCAGACGGCUGAGCCCCAGGGCAACUACUGGAUCCGCGCCGGGCUCGACAGCGUGAUCAAGGUCCCGGGUACUAACACCGAGGUCCGUGGGGUCGUCAGGUAUGGCAGCAGUACCAAGAAUCCGACCACCGCGGCAGAUCCUGGCGUGCCGAACUUUGACCUCUCCGCCCUCGAUGUCUCGAAGCUCGCCCCCGCUGUCGUUUUGACGCCGCCGACUGCUACCAGGUUCCACACUCUCAGCUUCAGCAUCAAUGUGACUAGCAGCAAUGGAACGAUCUCUUUCAUUAACGGCGUAAGCUGGCAGCCGCUUGUGAGCACGUCGACGUUGAUGCAAGUUGUGGGUGCCGCAAAGAACGGCUCGUUCUAUGCCCCUGCAGGUCACAGCGUGCAGCUGCACAAUCAGUAUAUUAUCACCGAAGACUCCAUCGAAGUCGUGGACCUGCUAUUGGUGAACGAAGGCCCCGGAGACCAUUCGUUUCACCUUCAUGGUCAUACCCCGUACAUCAUGGGUUCCGGUACGGGCAAGUACAACGGCACCGGGCUCAAUACCGUGAACCCCAUAACUCGAGACACAUAUAUCGUUCCCAGCAGCGGAUGGCUCCUCGUACGUUUUGUUACAGACAAUCCUGGAAUCUGGACUGUCCAUUGCCACAUCGCCUGGCACAUGGCCGCCGGUCUGUUGAUGCAGUUUAACAGUUUACCGUCCAAGUCGGCGGAGUUCGACAUCCCGCAGGACAUUCUUCGACAGUGUAGCGUCUAAGUGACGCCCUCUGAUUUGUUAGGCAGCCGUGGAUACGAGCUUCAUUCAAAUGGGGACUUGAUUUGAACAGGAACGGACAGCCUUUUACUUGGUUGCAUGAUGCAUGUAGAAUGCAUCGAUUAUCCUCUUUCUUUUUCCCUCCCUCCUUAGUUAGCUAUAGCUGAUGAUGCGUUACUGCCGCAUCCCCCUGCUCCUCUCUGUCAUCUGGACUUUGGACAUUAACCAGAUCUCGCAUACACGCUAUGCUCGAG